AGUGACUCCAAAACCAGAACGCGUUGUUGACGACAGGAGUGUAGGUUGGCUGGGACGCCGAGGAGGCCCUCCCAGAUUCGGGUCCCCAGCCCCAGCCCCCUGGGGUGAGGGUGAAGCGCGGGGACCCCGAGCCCCUAGAGGAACAGCGGGACUCGCGGCUUUGGUGAGACGUCUGAGCUUUGGGAAUCUUUCCUCACCCACCCACUUCUUACCGACUCUCGACUCUCAGAAUGAGCUGGAGGCUCCUUCACGGAACUCCCCCUUUUUGGGCGAUGGUCAUCUGUGUCCUGAGGCCAGUCGUCUAUCCCCUAUAGCCUUGUUUACGAAGGACUUCCUUUCCGGGAGAGGCCUGUGGAUAGGACCCCAGGAAGAAGCCAUGUCUACUUGGGGGUUGGCUUCCCCGACUCCUGACCGCUUUGCGGUGUCUGCGGUGGCAGAGGACAAGGUUCGGGAGCAGCAGGCUCGCUUGGAGCGUAUCUUCAGCGUGGGAAUGAGCAUCCUCUCCAAAGACUGCCCAGAGAACCCUCACAUCUGGCUGCAGCUUGAGGGCCCCAAGGAGAACGUCUGCAGAGCCAAGGAAUACCUGAAGGGGCUCUGCAGCCCAGAACUGCAGAGUGAAAUCUGCUACCCACCCAGACUGCACUGCGUCUUUCGGGGAGCCCACGGCUUCUUCCUUGACUGCCUGGCUUGGAGCACAUCUGCCCACCUGGUGCCCCUGGUUCCUGGCUCUCUGAUGAUCAGUGGCCUAACGGAGGCAUUUGUGAUGGCUCAGAGCCGGGUGGAGGAGUUAGUGCAGCGGCUGAGUUGGGAUCUUCAGCUGCAGUCUUGUCCCGGAGCCCCUGCCAGUGCUGGAGUGCUGAGAGACUUCUCUGCUCUGCUGCAGACUAGGGAGGAUGCCUACAUGGAGGCCCUGCUGCAGCUGCCCCUGGCUGUCCAGGAGGAGCUCCUAAGCCUAGCACAGGAGGCAUCUGGAGAGCAGGGGCCACAGGUGCUGCCCUCUCCUGAGCGGCAGGGGAGUGGAGGCCUGUUGAGUGCUCAGUUCCAGGGAGUUAGGGCUCCCUUGAGUCAAGGUGGGGAGUCCCAGGGUACUGGAGUGGUGGGGUCCGGAGAUUCAAGGGCAGCAAGAGGAGAAAGACCUACUAUGGAGAAGCAGGGAAGUAAACAGGAUGGUGUCAGGGACACACAUUCAGGGAGGAAGGAGCCCUCUGGGGAAGAGAUCUGGGAGAGAGGAGUGGCUUUCAAGUCACAACCAGUAGGUGGAGGAGCAGAGGCACCAUUGAAGGGAAAGGCCUUGGGGAAAGAGGAGGUUCCUCAGCAAAGAGGAGGGUUCAGUAUGCAGGGUGACUCUUCUGGUGCCCAUGUGCCCUCUCAGAGGGCAGCUCAAACUCGCGGAGCCUCUCUCCUCCAGCGGCUCCAUAAUGGGAGCACGUCACCUCCCAGAGUACCUAGCCCUCCACCUGCGCCGGAACCCCCGUGGCCCUGUGGAGACCGAGAUCGGGGGGACAGGGGAGACAAGCAACAGGCUGGGGCUCGAGGUCGAGGGUCUAAACGAGGCGCUCGAGGGGGCAACUUGGUGACCGGCACACAGCGUUUCCAGGAAGCCUUACAGGACCCUUUCACCCUGUGCCUUGCUAAUGUGCCCGGCCAGCCAGACCUCCGUCAUAUCGUCAUUGAUGGCAGCAACGUGGCCAUGGUGCAUGGCCUGCAGCACUACUUCUCAAGCCGGGGCAUUGCUCUUGCUGUGCAGUACUUCUGGGACCGUGGGCAUCGUGACAUAACUGUCUUUGUGCCCCAGUGGCGCUUCAGUAAGGAUUCCAAGGUCAGAGAGAGUCACUUCCUGCAGAAGCUGUACUCCCUGAGUCUGCUUUCCCUGACACCCUCACGAGUCAUGGAUGGCAAGAGGAUUUCUUCCUAUGAUGACAGGUUCAUGGUGAAGCUGGCGGAAGAGACCGAUGGGAUCAUUGUCUCCAAUGACCAGUUCCGAGAUCUGGCAGAGGAGUCAGACAAGUGGAUGGCCAUCAUCAGAGAGCGCUUGCUGCCCUUCACUUUUGUGGGAAACCUCUUCAUGGUCCCAGAUGACCCUCUGGGGCGAAAUGGCCCCACCCUGGAUGAGUUCCUGAAGAAGACAGUCAGGAAACAGGGCUCUUCUAAGGCUCAGCAACCCUCCAGAGGCCCCAAAGACCAUGGGAAUCAGCAGCAGGCGAAGCAAGGGAAGGAAGAGGAAAAAGGUGGCAUUCGGAAGACCAGGGAGACAGAGCGGCUCCGGCGCCAGCUGCUGGAGGUGUUUUGGGGUCAGGACCACAAGGUGGACUUCAUCCUGCAGCGGGAACCAUACUGCCGGGAUAUUAAUCAACUCUCUGAGGCCCUGCUGAGUCUCAACUUUUGAGCCUUACUUGCCUGCGUAGCUGCUGCCCUAUCAGACUUAGCAACCCCAGCCCAGCCCCUUCCUCUGCUGCUCAGACUGUGCCCGACUCCCUCUAAGAUGGUGCUUUGGCUGGAGGAAGCACCGGAGAAGAGAUUUGAGUGUGGGAACACUCUUGCCUGGGGUCCAUAAGGUGGCUCGACCUUAGUCAGGACUGCAGCCAUCUCUAAGGAGCCUUUGAUCAGAUUUAAGCACUCAUCCUGGUCUUUGCAGAGGGUUUCUGCAGGCUGUAGAGGCUCCUCCUGAAGGCUGAGACUGUUGGCCAGGUUAAGCUGAGUUGGAGGCUAGGGUAAGCUGAGGAAAAAAGCAUCCUCAGGCUGCUCUUCUGAAUGGCUAGUGUAGCCUGAGCUGUCUGGGUUCUGCAGGGCCACAGUGCUAUGCAGGCUGUUGCAGUGAGACAGCAGAGACCCAGAAGGGUCCCAGUCUGGGUUGUGCCUACCUACAACCUUGGCAGAGUCGCUUGACUUUUACUUAUGUCUGUACAACAGACAUAAAAAAUAACCUUUGAGAGGAGAACUGGGUACACAGAGGAAGGCUCCUAUGAGGAAGUGAUCUUGGAUCAUGUCUCAGGUGUGUCUGCCUGUGUCUGCAUAGGCUCCCUAACCAAAACUUCACGUUCAGAGAUGUCCACAGUCCACACCCUCAGUUUUAACUCGGGGUUUUCAGUAGAACACGCCUGUCAUGGCUGCACCCUUUCCCAGCAACCUUCCAAACACAGAUUAACAAAAUAGUUGUUAGGUUGAUUGCUGCAUUCCCUAAAAACUCUCAGGGUCCCCAGAAGAGGCAGCUGGUCAGCUGCAUUCAAAUGUGUUUACAUAUUCACAAAUGUGUCAGAAAGGCCCCGGUUAAAUCCUCUCUCUGGUGUUGAAUGUGUUCACCAAAUUCAUGAAGCCAUGCUUUGCAGUGACAAU